AUGCUUAGAGGCAGAAAAGCAAAUCUCGAGGCUCAUCAUGGUGUUCGAAUUAGUGACAAUGCCAUUGUGAGUGCCGUGGUUCAAUCCGAUCGAUACAUCUCUGAUCGAUUUCUUCCAGAUAAGGCACUCGAUUUAAUCGAUGAAGCAGCAGCAUCCAUUCGAUUGCAACAAGAAUCCAAACCAGAACAUUUAGAAAAGAUUGAUCGUUCAAUCAUCAUUUCUCGUAUCGAGUUAGAAUCUUUGAGAAAUGAACAAGAUCCAGCCAGUAUGGAACGAAGAAAGAAACUUGAAAAGAAAAUUGAGGAAGAACAAAAACAAAGUGAUCUCCUCACUAAGAAAUGGCAAGAAGAACGAGAUCGAUUAAGGACUACAAAAGAAAAGAAACAACAACUUGUUCAGUUGGAGAAACAACUCGAAGAGGCCUUCCGUAAGGCAGACUAUCAAACUGCUUCAAGACUUCAAUACAAGACCAUUCCAGAUUUGAAAAAGGAAAUUGAACAAAUCUCUACUGGUUUCACAAUGAUUAGUGACUCUGUUUUGGAAGCUGAUAUUUCUCGAAUUAUUUCUCGCAGAACUGGAAUUCCACUUGAAAAUUUGUUAAUUGGUGAAAAGAGAAAUUGCUAA